AUGAGAAAGUUGUCUCAGCAAUUUGCAACGGCUGCAGAAAUUCAUUCACUUGAACGAGCUCUUGAUGCUCGAGGAGAACAUUUGGGAAAUAUUGAAGAACUUGUUGCUAGAUAUGUGCUGUCGGAAGCGAGUUCGGUUCGUGCAGUUACAUAUCGCAUCUUACGGAAAGCUUCUCAGCUACCCGAUGACUUAUCAGUGUUGCUAAAUAUGCAUAUGGAUUGCUUUAUAAUAAGAUCCUUAGAACUCGGCACUAACAACUCUGAGGAGCGUACUGAAGCUUUAAAAUUAUGUACGAUGAUGUUAAGUCAUAUGAAUAAGAAGGCAAAAAGUUCAGAUAAUGGAGUGAAAAAGAAAAAUUCUUCGAGUGCUAUUUUUCCAGAAAAUGUUUGUCGCACUUUAAUCUCGAUUGCCAGUUGUUCCUUCGCAAUACGACCAGACAGAACAAAAGUUGAAGAGAAGGAAGAUGAAUUGGCAUUUUCAUGUUUCGCUAUAAUAGUCGAACAGGCUGUUGUUGCUCCAGAUCUCGUUUUGAAUUCUAUUGAUACAGGUUGGACUGUAGAAUUUCUUACGAAUGCAGCAUUUGAUGAUCGUUUAUCCAAUUUUGUUAGUCGGAUUUUGUGUGCAUGGCUUGAUUCACCGCAACUGAGGAUGCAAGCUAAAUUAAGAUUGGUCUUGAAUCGAAUUUUCACUUCAGCAGUUGAAAUCGAACUUUUUGAGCAGAAGGAACUUGUAAAAUUAGAGGAGCAUUGGCUAUCGAAUUACUCCUUCCAAUUGAGAAACUUUUCGCAAAUAUUUCUAAACCUUUUACGCACUUGGGCCGGUCUUUUUGCUUGCUCAACUUCGGGUGAUCAGAAAAUACCAGCUGUUUCUGCGUUAAGUUUUCUCGAUUGCAUAGGAUUAAAUCGACAUGUAAAUAGUUAUAAAAUUCGUGAUGUAAUCAUUGAAUGUUGCUGUGAAAUUUUGGAACUUCCAUAUUCCAAAACGAGAUUCACGGAUUGGCUUCAUACGACACACUACUACUCAACAAUGUAUCAUCCAGAUGCUUGCAAAUGUUCUGUGCGCAAUGAAUUUGUUUUAUUAGAGCAUGAAAUUCUUUUAAAAAUCGACCAACAGUCUACUGUUAACGAUUUGUUAGUGUCAUUCCGCUCAGCUAUCGUUUACUUGCUCAUCAACGCCAACCUAAUUCAGACUCUAUCACGGAUCAUAUUGCAAGAUCCAGAUGACCCAGUGGCACUUAGAGCAACACUUUUGAUGCAUGAUCUUUUGCUUGCGGGCUCGACUUGUUUACCAAUGGAAUGGAGAUUUCGAGUUCUGAGUUUGCCAACACUUUUGCAUAAUGCUAGUGAAAUAAUCAGUGAAUCACAUGUUACAAAAAAGUAUUCCUUGGAUGAUAUUAAUUAUAAAACGGAUAAAUUCAUUUUUACACAUACCGACCGAAGGAAUGCUGUUAUUCUGCUUAAUCGUUUGAACAUCUUGAACGGCAUAACAUUAGCACAGAAAACACAACCAUUUGCAAUCACCAAUCUUCAGCUUUUCGUACAAAGUAGUCCAGCUGCCACAAAGUUGCGUAAAUCGAAUUUGUCGAAAAUGAGCUUCGGCGAUGGAAUCGGAGAUAGCAAUAAUAUCGAGACAGUACUGGAGAAAUUGCUGUUUAAAGCCGUGGAAUCAGACGGAGGGCUCUGUUGGCCUGUUGUCAACAAACUAUUCCAGCUUCUUCAGAUUUACUAUUGCUGCGAAGAUGUACCUAUCAAAUGUUCUAGGGACUGUUACAGUAUUUUUAGAAUGAUAUUUAACUUUAUCACUCCAACAGAAGGCACGUUGAUUAACUUUAAUGACGAUCGUUUCAUUAUCGCAUGUUGUUGUCGCGCGAUAUAUAUUUCAUUGCUCUUUGCCAAACGAGAAAUACGAUACAGAGAACUACUAGCCAAUUUUAUUAAUAACUUUGUAGCGAGUAUAUCAGCGGAUGCAUUGUUCAAUGGGCCAUUGUCUCCUAAGAAUUUGGUGAAUACUGGUACGAUAUAUUAUUUUGCAUUUAUUGGUGCUGUAUCUUCAAUCGAGGAAGGAAGACGGAUGCUAGAAGCGACGCCACUGUUACAGAUGUUAGUUUUUUUGUCUGUUGGAAGAAGAAAGGAUUUUGACUUUUAUUAUAUACUGCGUUCACUUGCUCAGACUAGCCAUUUACCUUAG